AUGGCGGGCAUGGGACGGGGUAUGCCCAACAACAUGCAACAGAUGGCCAUGGCAAACCAGAUGGGCGCCCAAAUGGGAGGUCAGAUGCCGACACAAAUGGGCGGGCAGAUGGCGAGAGGAAUGUCUCAACAGCUGGCUGGCCAGUCCAACUUGAGUACCCCCUCAGUCCAACAACAUAUAUUUGAGAUGCUCAACGCUCAGGGACCUUUCACUGGCUGGCAGGCCAAUGUCCAUGUCCGAGAGCGUGCUGCGCAGAUCAAAUUGCUGGUGGAUUCGCUUCGUUUGGUCAGACCUCCUGUUGACCUUCCCCGCGCCAUCGAAGUGGCCCUCCAGUUUGAGCGCAAGUGCUUCACCCAAAGCACCAGCAGGGAAGACUACAUCCGCGAAUGCAGUGAGAAGCUGGGUAGAAUCCGCGACCAACGCGCGCAGCAGAUGAACCAAGGUGUCGCUGGCAUGAUGCCGGGCAUGCAGGGUAUGCAAAUGCAAGGCAUGCAGAUGCCCAACCAGAAUUUUGCACAGAUGCAACAACAGAUGGGACAGAACAUGAACCCCAAUAUGGCUUUGCCACCACACCUACAGCAGCAAAUGCAAGGCUCGCCGAUGUUCAAUCAACCUCAGCCCAUGAUGAACCAAGGUCCUCCAAAGAUGAACCAACCCCAGGCGAACAUGGUACAGGCCAACAAUCAACAAAAAUCAAACCCGUUGCCGGAAUUGACACCGGAAGAUAAUAAGGCUAUCAAUCUACGAGCUGCGGAGUUGGCCAAAAGCACUCCAAAGGAAGAGAUGCGCACCAUCGUCGAGAAGAUGAACCCCCAACUACGUCAGAACCUGGCCCAAAAGGCCGUCGACCCCAUCAUAUAUUAUUUCCGGAUGCUGGCCACCAAGGAAUUCCGCCGACGCAAGCAGAUGGAAGCGGGAAUGGGUGGAACGGGAAAUGUUGGCCCGAUGAACAACAACUCCAACAUGAUGAACCAGCUUCAGAACCAACCAAACCAAAAUGGCAUGAAUCAAGGCAUGAAUGCGAACACCAACUCGCUGAUUGGCGACAUGGGUCGGUUUCAAGGCCAACAAGCGGAAGGGCUGAGAUCCCAGGAAGAAGGCCAGUUGGUGGUACCCGCCACCAGCGGUCAGGGCGUGAUACCGGACCAGAUGCGUAUCCAGCAGCAAAUGCUAGCUAACCAGCGGAUGGGCCAACAAAAUCAGAACAAUUCUUUGAACCCUGCUUUCAUAGCCCAACAGCAACGUUUACAACAAGCCCAAGCCACCAAGAUGCAGCAGGCUCAGUUACAAGCCCAAAAUCAAGCACAGGCUCAGGCUCGCGCACAAGCUGCCGCUCAAGCUCAGCAAAUGGCGAACCAACGCAGUCAAAUGCAAGGGAUGCCGCAGUCCACUGCUCCGGGGAGCCUUUCGGCGAUCAAUCGACCCGUUGGACCUAACGUCUCAGGGGCCAGUCCGCAGACCGGACCCCGACCUUCGUCGGGCACUCCUAUGAUGAACCAGCAGAUGCCAAUGGCCGGUGGGAUGCAGCAAGGAGGACCACAACAGAUAAGCAUGCAAGACAUGCAAAAGCGCGAGCAGGCCCUGGCGAACUUCCCCCCGCCCCUUCAGGCUAUCUUGCGAACAAAACCGCAAAGUGAAUGGCGAAAUGUUUUGCAGCAAUUCCAACAGAGCGGCAGCAUGAGGAGAAGUUUAUCUCAGCAGCCACAGAGCAUGCAGCCGCAACAACAGCCCGGGCAACAGCAACAACCUCAAAAUAUGGCUCAAAUGCAGAACGGCGCUUUCCUCGGUGGCGCCAAUAUUGGACCGAUGCCCAUGCAGCAAUCACUUUCAGCCGGCGCUGCCUCUCAACAGGGUCAGGAUAUGGGUGGUAUGCAGGGACCACAGGGCCAAAUACAACAGAAUCAGGAGAUGUUGAGGCAACGUCAAAUGCAGAUCCAACAGCAACAAAAGCAGCAGCAGCAACAACAACAGCAGCACCAGUCCCAGCAACAAGGACAACCACAAGCCCCUCGCCAGCAAUUGACACCUCAACAAAUGAAGGUAAUGGACCAACAGCAGGUCCCCCCGAUGGUGUUGAACAACGUGAGGCAACAUGCACCUCUGCCUGAUAUUAAGUCGUGGUACCAACUCAAGCAGUGGCUCAUCCAGAACCCUGUGGCAAACUGGCCUGUCGGCCAUGUGUUGGAUAUCCAGGCGACGCAUUUUGCACAUCUUAUGAAGAACCGUGGUCAAAAUGUCCAACAACAGAACAACGCGAUGGGUCAACCACCCCAACCAAUGCAACAUCCUCAGAUACCAGGCGUUCCUCCAGGCCCAAUACCGUUCCGGCCGCCGACUCAACAGGAUGUUCAGAAAGUUCGGGCUGCAAAUCCCAAACUAGCAAACCUCCCGGAUGAUAAAAUCCGAGCCCUGCUUAUCAAUCGACAUCGGCAAAUGGGAAUGCAGCAACAGCAAGGUCAACAGGGAAUGGCCCAACAGUUGCCAUUCAUGCCGCCUCAGCAGGGCCAAGGAAACCCUCCCGGUCAGCAAUUUGGGAUGCAGGCGCCGAACCAAAACCAAGCCCCGUCGCAGCCGAACAUGCCAGCUCAACAACAGCCCAGGCCACCGUCAGGCCAAGCCCCGGGACAGCCUCGUCCAUCUCAAACACCAGUGCCGCCUGAAAACAAGGCAUUGAAACGGCCCAAUGAUGAUGAUGUGAUCGAAAUGCCCAACCCGGCCUUGAACAAGCCCGCUCCGCCUCACAUGGAUCUCACCAAGGCGCAACAAAGCCAUCAAGCCCUGACUAAAGAGCAGUUCAACGCACUAGACCCGGCUAAGAAACAACAGUACAUGAACUUCCAACGACAGCAAGCGGCGAUGCGGAAAGUCAUGGAACUCACGAAAGAGGUCCAGGCCAGUAUGCCCAAGCUCCGACCAAUUACGAACAUGGAUCAAGCGAGCAGAAGGCGAAUCACAAUGAUUCUGACUUCUGACAAUGUCAAAAACAUGCUGGGACGAUUCGAUUCCUUCCUCAUCGCUUUCUAUCGCAUCGAAUCGAAUGAUGCGGCCAUCAAACAACUCGUGCUGCAGAAAAUGCAGUUGUUUUCACAAUUCAAACCUCAGACUUUGCAGAACAGAACGUUUGAGGUUGCAGACCAUUUCAGCAUCACUGCAGAUACGGCCGAGGCGAUCAUCAAUAACAUCACCGCCAAGUUCCAACAAACGGCAGCGCAGAUUCCGCAACAAAACAAAGCGCGGCCACAACCAGCACAGCUGACGCCCGAAAAUCUCAGCUUGCUAGAGGCUCAAGAGCAAGACCGUAGGAAGUCCCUGAAGGCGAACCAAGUUCCUCCGGCUCCCACAGCCACACAGCCACCGUUCCAAAUCGGCGAUCCCAGAGGACAAGGUACGCCGAGAUACGCAAAUGCAGGACUCAAACAAGAAGACCUCAAGCUUCCCACCGAUCCCAAACGACGGAAGAAGAACCAACAGCAAACUGCCACUACCAAUGCAGCAGCGAGCGCCACAGCGACGCCUUCUGUCACCACUUCUCCACAGGCGAUCAAGAUGCCCAAACCGGUCGAAACGUUCAAGUGUCCCGUCAACGGCUGUGAGCAUCAGCUCAAAGGAUUUCCGACCCAAGCUGAACUCAAUCAACAUCAUAAUGUGGCUCACAAGCUGGACAUGGAACCUGUCACUGAUCCUCUUGCUUUCCUCCACGAAUCGUUGCGUUCCGCCUUCAACUUGGACGAAAACUUGAAGCAGAUCAAGAAGACUUUCCCCACGACUGACAAUAAAGCCACAGUCGCCAACAGUAUCAAGGGUGAAAGCUCUGGAGCUACUCCGAUUUCGAUGUCUAAAAUUCCGAGUCAAGCAGCGGGCCCCAAAGCGGGCGAGCCCACUGCACCUGACGACGACGAUCCUUGGCGGCACAGCAAUAUUACAUUGGAUCAGCUUCGUAUGGCAUUUGGUGGAGAUGACUGGGACGAGCUUUUUCCGUCGCAAGAAAAGACAGAGGAAUACCAGUCCAAAUUCUAUGAAGCGUAUCGCAACAGCGGCAGCGAAAGAUGGCGAAAGAUAGCCGAAGGUCCCAAUGGUGCGUUGACCGAUACAUCUACAGACAAGUCGAAGAGCCCGGAGGAUGUUAGCGACAAGGAAGUUCCCGCUGCAGCCGCAAACAGCGAAGACAAGAAGGACGGGCAAGAAAAGAAGACCGAAGAAGAUUCAUGGAUGGUCAAUUUAAAGGGUAUCGAGGGUCUCGAUCUUAGCGGUCUCGGUAACACGUCUCCAUUCGAGAAUAUCGGUGACAAAGAUAUCAUCAUGGGCGAGAAUGGCUCACCCUUUGAAUGGAUUGAGAAGCCCCAAUUGACCAACGAAGAACUUCAUCUCCAGACUCUGGGUGUCGACCUCCAACAUCCGGAGGCCUGGGAUGCCCAGCAGAAGGCUCUUGUGGAGUUCUUCUUGGACCAAUGA